UGGCUGUGUGCGAGACGAUACAUACCAGAAAACGCUCGAACGCUCGAUUUGACAUUGAGAAAACGUAAAUUGUAGGAAUUCCGAUUUUCCUGCUGGAAGGUCGUCGGUGGAUCUAAGGGUUUAUAUAGUACCACCGAUCCAUGAUAAACCACGAUCCGAGUUGCGUCGCACACAUUAUGCUGAUGUCGCGGAGGAAGGAGGAGGCGGCAGCGGUGGCGGAGGCGGCGGAGGAGAAAGAGGAGUCCGGCGAAAAGUAAAAACUCCAUUAAGGGAUCUGCGUGCACGACGUGCAAUCGACAAAGCGACAAGCGAAUCGUGCGGCAAAUGCACAAGGCACUACGGCCCCCCCCCAUCCAUCCAUCCCAAGACCCAGACAUCCACUGGAUAUGACACGAACUACGACGGCAACGGCGGCUGCGUCGGAAACUGCCCCGAAAAUAACGACGAUGGAUAAUGCCCGUACUAUAUAAGACUGGUCUUUCAGUUGUCCCAUUAUCAGUCAGCUUCAUUCGCUUCCACAGCAGCACAACACAGACCAAAAACACAAAAUCCCCUCAACAUGUUCAAAUUGGUGGUGUUGUCUGCUCUCCUCGCCGUAGCUGUCGCUCGUCCCGGCCAUCUGUAUGAGUCUCCGCUGGUCUAUUCCGCCCCGGCUACCACAACCAUCGUGCAGGAGCCCUACCUGGCCAAUGUUGGUUCCGUGGUAAAGAGCGUUCCCACCUCUGUCUCCCACCAGAGCCAGUCGGUGGUCCACAGCUCUGCCCAUGUCGUCCAGGAUGUUGUCGCUCCCGUGGUGAAGACCUAUGCAGCUCCCGUCGUCACCAGCUACGCGGCAUCUCCUCUGGUACACACCUCAUACGCCUCUCCCCUCGUCCAUACUUCCUAUGCGGCCACUCCCGUCGUCUACAACGCUGGCUGGUAAGGACGCAGGCUGGAGUACUGGAUGCUAGGACAAGCGAUCUGGAUGGCUAGAAAUAUAAUAUUCCUUUUGUACAUAAACGAGUUUAAUUGCGAAUUAAAUGUGAUUUUCGAAAGUUAAA